AGUUGGAUUUAAACAGUGCUCACUUAUAGAUGGUAGAAGCGUUACUCUCCUCCAGGCACUGGGUGGACUAGUUCUUUCUGAGGAAAUGCUUGCAUUAGGAAAUAACUACUUUAUUGGUUUUGUGAAUGAUUCAGUUACUAAAUGCAUUGUGGCUUUACGCUUAACUGUGGUAGUAAAAGUCAGCACCUGCAUGCCUGUGGGAAGCCACUCAGAUGACUUUCAGUGUUUGGGAAAAGGAAAAUGUAUCACAAAACCAUCUGAGGCAAUGUUUUUCUGCGACUGUGAGGAUCAAUAUAUGGGUGCUUUCUGUGAAGAAUUUAACGCCUGUCAAAGCAGGCCCUGCCAGAACAAUGGAACCUGCACUGAUGUAACACAAAAACAUGAUGGGAAAAAUUUCACCUGCACUUGCCCUACUGGUUACACUGGAGAACUAUGUCAGUCAGAGAUUGAUCACUGCAGCCAAGAGCCAUGCAGAAAUGGUGGUACCUGCUUUUCCAAUAUCAGUGGAUUCAGUUGUCAAUGUCCAGAAGGAUUUUUGGGAUCUUCUUGUGAAGAGAAAGUAGACCCCUGUGCUUCAUCUCCCUGCCAGAACAAUGGGACCUGUUUCGCAGACAGACUUGCUUACUCCUGCAGUUGUAGUCCUGGAUUCACGGGACCUACCUGUUCUCAGCUGAUUGACUUCUGUGCUCUGAAUCCUUGUGCACAUGGCAUUUGUCGCAGUGUUGGAACCAGUUAUAAAUGCCUCUGUAUCCCUGGUUACCAUGGCCUCUAUUGUGAAGAGGAAUAUAAUGAAUGCCUUUCUGCACCCUGCCAGAAUGCUGCCACCUGCAGAGACCUUGUCAAUAGCUAUGAAUGUGUAUGCCUUGCUGAAUAUGAAGGACGGCACUGUGAAUUAUACAAAGAUCCUUGCGUUAACAUCAGCUGUCAAAAUGGUGGCACUUGUGACAGUGAAGGUCUAAAUGCUACAUGUAUCUGUGCACCUGGAUUUACAGGUGAAGAGUGUGAAUUUGAUAUAAAUGACUGUGACAGCAAUCCGUGUCAUCAUGCUGGGACUUGCAUAGACCAACCCAAUGGUUAUACGUGCCAUUGUCCACACGGCUGGGUUGGAGCAAAUUGUGAAAUACAUCUGCAGUGGAAGUCUGGGCACAUGGCAGAGAGUCUAACAAACAUGCCUCGUCAUUCCCUCUACAUCAUAAUUGGAGCCCUCUGUGUCGCAUUUGUCCUUAUGCUGAUCAUUCUGAUUGUGGGGAUAUGUCGCAUCAGCCGCAUUGAAUACCAAGGCUCUUCCAGGCCAGCCUAUGAGGAGUUCUACAACUGUAGAAGCAUUGACAGUGAAUUUAGUAGUGCAAUUGCUUCUAUCCGACAUGCCAGGUUUGGAAAGAAAUCCCGACCUGCAAUGUAUGAUGCAACCCCCAUUGCUUAUGAAGAUUACAGCCCUGAUGACAAACCUUUGGUCACGCUAAUUAAAACAAAAGAUUUGUAAUCGACUCUUUUGCCUUAUUCUGUGCAUGGAUAGAUAACCUAUUUCUGCAUUAUUUUUCUGGAAGUUGCUGACACAUACUUUUGAGUUGAUGUUUUUGUCAUUUUUGUAAUAGUAUUCAAGCUAGGCCUUGUAAAAAUAAUAUAUAAUUAAAGUGCCUGUGGAGGCAAACUAAGGACCUGAUCGUGAACUGAUUGAAAUCAGUGGCAAAACUGCCAUUGACUUCAGUGGGUACAGGCUCUGGCCCUAGGAUUGGAUUGAAUCUAUAUUUUUCUUUAAAAGUCAAGGUUUUUAUAUCGUGAGUAAACUAAGCCUAUAGUUUGAGUUGUUUGUUUCUCAAAGGUUAUUAAUGUACAGUACUGUUUCAUUCAAUAUUGUGUAUUUCUCAUAGUGCAUCUUAUUUAUACACAGUAUGGUUUUUCUGUGGCUGCAUUUGAUUGCUUAUGUGCUUCUUCAAAUUCUUGCAUA